AUGGAGAACUUAGAGGGGUUAAACACGAUAAUGGACGAGUUUCAUAUCAAAAAGAACACUGCAGUCAUUUUUGGUAUAUCUGGAUUGCUUAAUAGCGGCCAACUGUAUGUAAAUGUACCUCAACCACCUACUCAUCUCGAAUCGGGCUAUUUACCCGACAUAAUCUACGAUCAGGACGAAAACGACAACUUUUGUUCCAUCUUUAGCGAGCUGCUUGAAAGAACCCAAAUAACUCAAGUAUUCCACGUACAAGAUUCUACUUUUGAAAAACUCCAUUCUGAAAACGGCAUCCUAAGCAGUGAUUUCGACUACGACCCUCAGGUGCCUAUUUUAACUAGUGAGAUGUGGUAA